AUUCGUGUAGGUUGAUUGAUGCCCGUUAAGGUUUACAUACCUUAGUCACGUGACUUGUCUAGAUAGGUGUGUCAAAACUUACAAUCCGUCUCUCGUACAACACGUAUAGACAGUCUAUCAAGGACUUUUACAGCAAUAAAAAUGGCGACAAUCAGCGGUACAUUCAAUUUUAAUGACGAGGAGGCAACACAAUGUGCCGAGACGCUGAAGAACGCUAUGGACGGCUUCGGUACUAAUGAGGAGGACAUAGUUCGAGUUCUAGUGGAGCACAACAAUGAUCAAAGACAAGAAAUCGCAAAGACUUACGAAUCUGCUUAUGGAGCGGUAUUGAUGGAAGACUUAAAGAGUGAGCUGUCUGGUGACCUUGAAGAUGUCAUUGUUGCCCUGAUGAUGCCUCCCAGAGAAUACGAUGCUUACAUGAUCCAUGAGGCUAUAUGUGGUGCUGGUACAGAUGAAAACACCUUGAUUGGAAUACUGUGUACAAGAAAUAAUGAACAGAUAGAAAAGAUAAAGGAAAUCUACAAAGAAAAAUAUGAGUCCGACAUGACAGAAGAUAUAAAGGAUGACACAAGUGGAUAUUUUCAACGCUUAAUGAGAUCCCUUUGCCUAGGUGGACGCCAGGAGAGUGAUCCUGAUGAUGAUGCUGUUGAAACUGAUGCGGAAAACCUUGUUCAAGCUGGUGUGGGAUCCUGGGGUACUGAUGAAAGUGAAUUCAACAAGGUGCUUUGUUUACGAAGCUAUGAUCACCUGAAAAAGGUGAUUAAAAGAUACGAAGAGAAAAGAGAUGGAACUUCACUUGAUGAAGACAUAGAUAGUGAAAUGAGCUCCGAUGUUCAGGAGGCAUUCCAUGCUAUAAUAAAAGUAACCAGAGACAAGGAAGGCUAUUUUGCUGAAAGACUUUACAAAGCAAUGAAAGGUUUGGGUACUGAUGACAAGGAACUCAUUCGAUGUAUCUGUUCCCAGGCUGAGGACAGUUUGAAAUGGAUCAUGGUGCGAUACCAAGAACUUUAUGAGACCGACCUCUUUGAUGCUGUGAAAGAUGAAUGUGGCGGGUAUUACAAAAGUGUACUUCUUUCUCUUCUGAGAGGAAGCUUUGUCUCCAAAGAUGAAUAACUGAUUUAUAAUCAUUUAAUUGGUGAUUUCUAACUGUAUGUAAGAAUAUCAUCAUUUCAGUAGAAGUACACAAGAGAAGAAAUAAGUCGCAAUGUCCAGUUACCAAAUUACGUGACAGCUUUAUGGAAUGAAAUGUCUAUCAUUUCCUACAGUUUAUAUAAAAUACGCUUUUUUACUUAUUUUUCAAAAUAAUACUUUUCCAGAUAUAUGACAAAUUUGGUAUGAUACAUAUUGAAAUUUGAUUGGCCAUAUAUUACAUGAAUUUCUUUUAUAAUAGUGAACAAUAAAAAUUGAAAUAUAAAUACAUUAUAAUGACCUUAAAGAGCUGUGAUACAUGCAAAAUUACCGGUAGCAACAUAAUCAUAUGCCUUUAUUUCAUAUAUUGAUAGAUCUACAUGCUUUAAAAUGAUUAAUAUAGUCUAGACCUACAAUACAAAUAUGUAUACAUGUAUUUGAAAAGUCAUUGUCUUAAUAUAAAUGUCAUUGUCUAAAUUUAUGAUUAUUUCUUAGUUUAAUCCAAGAAAAUACAUAAAAUCCUUAAUUGAUCUGAACUACAAUAAAUUCUGAUUCAAACAUUUCUUUCAAGGACAAAAGGCUUUAAGCAGUAUAAAUUAUGUAAAAACAACAACUUAUCAAGCUUUGUAAAAUGCACACUAUAUAUUGAUUCCUUAUAAAAGAUAGUUAAAUAUAUUCAAUGCCACUUUUGUCUAGGUUUAGUUUGCAUAUUUAUAAUAUUUUUUCUCACUUAUUUUGUAGAUGUAUCUCUGAUUUUGUGUAUUAUCUCCAAGUACCAUGUAGUUAAUGAACAAAAAAACAACAAAAUCACCCAUGUAAAAUCAAGCAUGAAGUGAAAUGUAUUAAACUGAAAAAUGUUUUUUUUUUAAAUUUCAGAACAGAAUAUUUUCUUGUAUAAAUAUUGUAUAAUAUUGUGUAAAACAUCAAAAAUUCUUUUGAUUUAUCACAAAAGGGCAUUACUUUUAUCAAUAUUAUCCACUGUUAAUUUGAAUAAUAACAAUCAUAUAAAAUGCAAUAAAAUUUAUGCCCAAUAUUGAUAUCUAUUCAAUGCUGGAAAGAAGAAAGUUGAUUUUUUUGCCUUUUUUUCAAUGAAUGCAAUAGAACAUAUUAAAAACUUAAAAAACCUCAA